AUGAGCAAAGAAGGUCAAGAACAGUUUCAAUUCCAGCGUCCGUUGAUUCCUGUGACCCGUUUUAGGCCUAUUCUCCCCAAACCACCAGUGAUCCAUGCUGGGAGACAAGGAAACCAGAUAUUUGAAGCAAAUUGUAUAGGUUCGGAAAGAUGCUCUUAUGGGUUUACUCAGGAACCUCAAGCUGAUAGAGUAGUUGCAUGUUCCGAUUCCAGCAUUUGCAUAGAAGUAAAUGGCGGCAUUAAUAACUUGAAAGCAGCUUCAGUUGGGAGUAACUGCAUUUCGGGUUAUAGCAAUGAGCAGAGGCAAUGUUCGCUGAACCUGGGCGAACCCAGUAAUUCUUCAUCUGCAGAUCUAUUAACCCUUGUAAAUGCAGCCUCAGCUAAAACUACGACUGCAGCAUCUCUGGGGAUUGAUAGACACCAUCUGCGAUGUAGCUCAACUGGGCUCUUACCUGUGCAUGUAAAUUUAUCAGCUCAACAACACAUAUGGGUUGAUGGCAAUUGCACACCAAGAAAACAUCAAAAUGUCAUUCAUUCCCAGAAUCCAUAUGAUCUGAACCUGCCUGCUAAGACAAUGGAUGAACUCUCUGACUUUGCUCCCAUCACACCAUACAAGUCCAAAAGAGCAGAAAGGAAAGAUGUUUCAGAAAUAGAUUUACACAUAGAGAACAGGACAAGCGAGAAAAGAGAUGAGCAAGCAAAUGAAUCGGCUGCUGCUAAUGUUGAUGUGAAUGGACUUCAAUGUAGUAAAGAACUCCAAAAGCUUGUUAUAGAGUCAUCCCUGGCUGCUACACCAAGCAAGGAAAAUCAGAAUCCUGAUGAUGGAGGUAGCCAUCUCAUUGACCUAAACAGAACACCGCAGCAGAAACAAAGGAGGAAAAAGCACAGACCCAAGGUAAUUGGCGAGGGCAAACCAAGGACCAGAAAGUCAGUCACUCUGAAGCCCAGUUAUUCCCAAGAAAACCCAACAGGUAAGAGGAAUUAUGUUCGAAAGAAUAAUCCAAGUCAAGACACAUCAACCCCUCCAGGAGAAGCAAAUGCAGAGAAUUCAACUCGUAAGAGGAAGUGUGUGCAAACAAAGGGUCUCAACAAAGACUCAACGAUUCCCAUACAAGAAAGAGAAAAUGCUCCAGAAACACUAGAGCAGAAUAAGAAAUCAUGCAUAAGGGCUUUAGAUUUUGAUGAGGAAGGACAAGACAUAGGUGAAAGAUCUGCAUUCGAGCCCACCUGCAACUUGAAUUCAAGGACAGCAAGCUUUUGGAAAGGAGAUCAAUCAAAGUACACAAUGCAGCUUUGUGGUGAACCUGAUGUGGCAGCUGAAAACACACAAACAGGCAAUGCCUAUGAGCUGAACCAAUCUCUAAAGCAAAAGCCGAAAUUUUUUUUAUCUUUGCCUGAAGAUCAAGCACCAGGCACACCAUUCCCAGCUAAGAAGAAUCCCCCGCGUAAAAGAUCAAACACCUGGCACACUGUUCAAGAUGGAUUGGAAAAAAAUGGAAAAAAAGUCUGGCAAUCCAGUGCUCGAUUGCCAGAAAGAAGCCCAAAUGACUCUAACUGCUGCACCAGCUUAGUACUGGAGGGAAGACAAGCAAGUGAACUGAAGAUAAACAAUUCUACGGCUUCUCAACAAGCAGAUAUCAGUACUCUAAAUUCAGAGGGGAGUCACUACAAUAAUUUAUGCAGAUACCUGAAGAUUCCAGAGAUGCAAUUUGCAAAUUUUAGCAGAAGAAAAAGAACUGUGAAGAGACAAAAUUCUGCCAUAUCUAGUGCCUCAUCAUCCAUCACUUCUGUAAAAAGUCUUAUGCCGGCUGAAGCAUGUCUGGUAGAUAACACUGAAGCAAAUCCCCAUCGAUUUAGUUCUAGUGGAGUUCCAGCAAACCUUGAAGAAGCAAGUAGUUUUUCUCUGAAUAAAAUGCAAACCUUUAAUUGCAUUAUGGACUCAUUUCCAACUGAGAGUCCAAAGAAAAAGAGAACCAGAGGAAUCACACGGGUAAGAGACUUGGCUUCACUUAGUGGUAUUGCAAAAUGUAAAAGGCACGCAGAAUGCUAUGGCAGCCAAUCGCCAGUUGGUUAUGACGUGGGGAAAGUUGGGAACUCAGACCAACCUCAUAUAAGCAUAGAAACCCUCAUCGCAGAGAUACAAGCUAAACUCACAAAAAAGAAGCGAACAAGGAAGAGAUACUGCCCUGUAAAUUCAGCAUGCUCCAGUAGAAGUGAAGUACAAAUGCACAAUAAGCGUGUCUUAUCUAAUCAAAACGAAUUUUCUGCCAAAGCAUUAGGUGCCACUCCAGAAGAAAUAUGGAAACAAAUGUUUUCUUCUGAUGCACUUGAUAAACAAUCCAACCAUUCAGACAUCAACAGGGAAGGUAUUCCUAUUACACAUAAAGAGCAGAAGGCAAUUAUCCCCUACAAUAUGAGAUACAAAAAGCAGAAUGCAAUCGUCCCUUACAAUCUGAGAUACAAGGAGCAGAAUGCAGUCGUCCCCUACAAUAUGAGAUACAAAGAGCAGAAUGCACUUGUUGUCUAUACAGAUGGAACCAUUGUACAAUUUGGUCCUACCAAAAAACAACUCCCAAGGCCUAGGGUGGAGCUGGAUGAAGAAACAAAUAGAGUAUGGAAGCUUCUCUUAGAAAAUAUCAAUAGUGAAGGUAUUGAUGGAACUGAUGAAGAGAAGGUAAAAUGGUGGGAAGAAGAAAGGACAGUAUUUCAAGGACGUGCAGACUCAUUUAUUGCACGCAUGCACCUUGUACAAGGAGACAGACGCUUCUCUCCAUGGAAAGGAUCAGUUGUGGACUCGGUGAUUGGAGUCUUCCUUACUCAGAAUGUCUCUGACCAUCUUUCCAGUUCUGCAUUCAUGACUCUUGCUGCACAUUUUCCUCUCAAAAAGUCAUACUAUCAAGAGGGGACAAGCUUAGUUAAUGGAGCAGAGUUCUAUGUCUUGGAGCCAGAAGACACUUUAAAGUGGGACGCAAAGAUGUCAAUUCAACCAGUUAUUGACCAAAGUUCAACUGUCAAUGGGUAUGGGCACUCUGAAGAAAAAGUGGUUCUCAACAGCAAAGAGUCCUUUGGAAGUAGAACUGCUAUUGUAUGCUCAAUAAAUGAAUCAAAAUGCAUGGAAACUAUUGGAAGAGGAACAGAUUGUUUCAAAGGAGAUGACGAGACAAAUGAUGUCCUCUCAUCUCAAAAUUCUAUAGUUUCAUCUGAAAAUGCUGCGAAUUUUUCCUUGGUUCAAACUGCUGAAACAUUUUCAUGCUCAGAGAGCAACUCAGUACGGGCUGAUCAGACUAAAGGGCCUACUUUUGACAUCUUGGAUGGGUCUACUUCUUUUGUAGAGCUUUUAGAGAUGGCUGGAUCCGCCAGGCUACAUGAAAUUUACUGUCCUCAAAAUAAGUCUAUUGGUGACAAGGACAAAAGAAGUAAAUUCCAGAAUGACCAGAGAGAAAAUUGCCAUAAUGCAGAAUGUCCUAAAAGCUUCACUAGGGAAGACGUUACACCAUCACCUAAUUAUCAUCCACAUCUGGCUCCAAACUCAGAAGAAAGUGAAAUUGAACACCUUGAGAUUUUCAAAGAAGAAACAAGAUUCUCUGAGGCUUCUAAGACAAAAGAUGAAAACAUGAAAAAGGGAGAAAGUCCCUUAACCGAAGAAUCUGCAUAUCACACAGAAAAUAAAAAUGAUUCCACUAUAUGCGUGCAGGUAGCCCCACAAUCAUCUAAUGAAAGUAACCAACCGAGCCACAUCACUCAACAUGCAGAGACAAUAGUUUACCACUGUCAGAUGAGGCUGCUACAAAACCCCAGAAACCUUGUUGAAUUACCAGCCAGUCCGCAAAAUGAAGAAAUGUUGAGGCUAAAACCGUCAAAACAUUCUGAAGGCAUCCUUGAUAUUACAGAAAGUUCUGCAUUUGAUAGUAAAAAAAGCCCACAACAGAAAAUGCAAGAGUCAAGCUUGUAUAUAAACAACUCUUCAUCUAAUAAGGAGCUCAAUCAGAUCAAUGCCAGAAGUUUAAAAUCAAAAGGCAGAAACGCCAAGAAAGAGAAAAAUGACGACAUCGACUGGGAUAGCUUAAGAAAACAGGCAGAAGCUGAUGGAAGGAAAAGAGAAAGAACAAUGAAGACAAGGGACUCACUAGACUGGGACGCAGUGAGAUGUACAGAUGUUAAUGAGAUUGCUGAGACAAUUAAGGAUAGAGGGAUGAAUAACAUGCUUGCUGAGCGAAUUAAGGAUUUCCUCAAUCGGCUGGUUAGAGAUCAUGGAAGCAUUGACCUGGAGUGGUUGAGAGAUGUUCCGCCAGACAAAGCAAAAGAGUACCUGCUAAGUUUUAGAGGACUGGGGCUUAAAAGUGUGGAGUGUGUGCGGCUUCUGACGCUUCACCAUCUUGCUUUUCCAGUUGACACAAAUGUUGGACGUAUAGCUGUAAGAUUGGGAUGGGUCCCCCUUCAGCCACUACCAGAGUCCCUUCAGUUGCAUCUCCUAGAGCUGUACCCUGUCCUGGAAUCCAUCCAAAAAUAUCUUUGGCCUCGAUUAUGCAAGCUUGAUCAAAGAACAUUGUAUGAGCUACAUUAUCAGAUGAUCACGUUUGGAAAGGUUUUCUGUACAAAAAGCAAACCAAACUGUAAUGCAUGCCCAAUGAGGGGAGAAUGCAGACAUUUUGCCAGUGCAUUUGCAAGUGCAAGGCUUGCCCUGCCAGGGCCAGAGGAGAAAAGCAUUGUCAGUGCAACUGAGAACAGAAAACCUGGUCAUAACCAUGCUGUCAUUAUUGAUCAAAAGGCCCUGCCCCUACCCCAGCCAAUUGAACAAUCAGAUAGGAACUGUCAGCCUGAAGCAAACCAGCAAUUACAAGCAAAGUCCUGGGUCAAUAACUGUAGUCAUAACCAUGCUGUCAUCAUUGAUCAACAGGCCCUGCCCUUACUCCAGCCAAUUGAACAAUCAGAUAGGAACUGUCAGUCUGAAGCAAACCGGCAAUUACAAGCAAAAUCCAGGGUCAAUAACUGUGACCCUAUAAUUGAAGAGCCAGCGAGCCCAGAACCCGAGUGCACACAAGUAGCAGAGAAUGACAUUGAGGACAUGUUCUAUGAGGAUCCUGAUGAAAUUCCUACGAUCAAACUUGACAUGGAAGAGUUCACUCAGAAUUUGCAUAAUUAUAUGCAAAAUAAUACAGAACUUCAAGAAGGAGAUAUGUCAAAGGCUUUAGUUGCUUUAACAGCUGAAGCUGCAUCUAUACGCACUCCCAAACUCAAGAAUUUCAGUCGGCUAAGAACAGAGCACCAAGUCUACGAACUUCCAGAUUCCCACCCUCUUCUAAAAGAGUUGGAUAAACGAGAAGCUGAUGACCCAUGCAAGUACCUUCUUGCCAUAUGGACACCAGGCGAAACGCCAAACUCCAUUCAACAUCCUCAAAGUAGGUGCAAUUUACAAGAGCAUGCCAAAUUGUGUAAUGAGAAGACAUGUUUUUCUUGCAACAAUAUUCGGGAAGCAGAAUCCCAGAUAGUCAGGGGAACACUUCUAAUACCAUGUCGUACGGCAAUGAGAGGGAGCUUUCCCCUAAAUGGCACAUACUUCCAAGUUAAUGAAGUUUUUGCCGACCAUGAUUCAAGUCUAAACCCGAUUGAUGUUCCAAGGGAAUGGCUAUGGAACUUGCCAAGGAGAAUGGUCUACUUUGGGACCUCCAUACCUUCAAUAUUUAAAGGGUUAACAACAGUAGAAAUUCAACAUUGCUUUUGGAGAGGAUUUGUUUGUGUGAGGGGAUUUGACCAGAAAUCACGAGCACCCCGUCCUCUAAUGGCCAGACUGCAUUUCCCAGCCAGCAAGUUGACCAGAGGAAAAGGUAAGGGUGCAGCAGAAUAUGAGUAAAUGAUGGAACUUUCAUAAGGGUCCAAACAACUAAAAGUUGACAAAAUAACAAUGUACGACAAACGAGAGUGGAAUUGCAUUUUACAAUACUGAUUUGGUUUGUAGGAAAAUGUGAAAAUCUUUGUGUAACCCAUAAUCACAAAGCCAUGUAGUGCUAAUACUGUUUAAGAAGGUUCUAAUUACUUAGUUUCAUGCUCAAACUUUGAGCAAUUCUUCA